AUGCGUGGUCUUGCAAAGAGCAUGAAGGAUGCCAACGUGGCUUGCGUUACUGUGGCUGCAAACUGUGUCGAAGUGCUCGCAAAGGGUCUGAAGAAGAGCUUCUCAAGAUACCGCUCUACGAUCAUGUCGCCCAUGCUCGAGCGUCUCAAGGAGAAGAAGCAGACCGUUACCGACGCUCUUGCUGCCGCUUGCGACGCCGUCGUCUCGGCCACUGGUCUGCCUGACAACCUCGAGGAGAUGCUCGAAGCUUUCAAGCACAAGACUCCUCAAGUCAAGCUCGAGUCCGCUCGUGUGCUUGUGCGCUGUUUGAAGAACCUUAGAGAGGUGCCUCCACCUGCUGAGCUCAAGACCAUGUCCGACGCUGCCAAAACUCUGCUGGCGGACUCUCAAGCCCCACCUAGAGAAGCAGCUGCUGAAAUUCUUGGAACCUUGUGGAAAAUCAUGACUGACCGCAACAUGCUUCCUCAUCUCGACGGCAUUGACGAUAUCAAGAAGAACAAGAUCAAGGAGUACUGUGACAACGCAGAGGUCAAGGUCAAGUGGAAGCCCAAGGCUGCUCCCCCUCCCAAGCCUGCCGCAGCUCCCGCAAAGAAGCCCGCUCCCGGAAGACGUCCUGCACCAGGUGUGAAGAAGGCAGCACCUGCGCCAGUCAGACCCGCUACACCGGAAGAGCCUCCAGCUGCUGCACCGCUAGCCGCUCGCCCAACCAGCAGACCCGGAGUCAAGCCUGGCCUCAAAUCUGGACUUGCAGCACCUGGAUCAAAGAUGAGAAAGCCUGGUUUGGCACCACCAGCCGCUUCGCCCAGAAGAGUGCCUUCUGAAGAUGUCGAGAUGCUGGACGACCCACCGACACCUGCUCCUGCGCCACGUUCAGGACUCGCAGCACCCCGUAGUCUUGCCGCCAGGCCACUAGGCAAGCCAACCAACUCAUUCAACCAGAGCACAAACGAGCCCCCUCAAGAAUACGCCCCACCUCCCCAAGCAGCUCCUUCCGUCUUGAGUUUGGCAGAAAGAUCAGAACUUUCGGACCUGCGUUCAGAAGCCGAAUACCUCCGUUCUCAAAAUAGUGAACUGAGAACGGACAAGAUGAGACUCAACAGCCAGAUCCACGAGCUCCAGAAUCAGAACGCACAACUGAUCGAAGAUCACACUCGCGAUGUGUUGGGAAUUAAGGCCAAGGAGACUCAGCUAGUCCGCGCGCGCAGUGAUGCUGAAGCUGCCGAGGAACGUGCAGCUGGUCUCGCCCGUGAAGUAGACAGGCUGAAGCGAGAAGUGGCCCGUUUGGGACGGGUUGAGCGUGACCACAACCAAGACACCCAGAUGCACAACAAUGGCUACUCUGAGAGCAACGGUGCCAACGGCAUGAGACACUACGACACACCCAUGGGCGGUAUGGGUCCGCCUCGACCUCAGUUCGGACGUCCUGGCGGUGGCAUGUCAUACUCAUCAUCUCAAGCACGAGAACCCAGCGGUGAGACACACGAACACGUCGACUCUGCAGCCGGAUUGGAACGCAUCACAAGCCCUGUGAGUGGAUUCAGAAGUUCAAACGCACCAUCCAUGGACCACUCGAGCAGCGGCCGCGCUAGUCCCGCGGUUUCUGGCUUGCAGCGCAGCGCCAGUGGUAGCAGACCGGGAAGCAACAUGGAGCAAAGCUAUGGAGCAGGUCUGGGUCCAGAGUCUGGUGUUCAAAGAUCCUCCAUGUCGAGGACGCAAAGCGGUGAAGGUGCCACUGGUGGUGUAGAGAGUUGGAGACGUGCUGCUGAAGUGACGCAAAACCUGAAGGCCAGAAUUGAGAUGAUGAAGGUGUGUGCAACUCUUCUUACUUUGACCAGAGACAACAUGCUGACUCAAUGA